CCCCCGCUGCGGACGGUGCCCCGGCGACUGAGGGCCUUGGCGCGGCUGCGGUACAGACCGCACGGCGACGGCGACGGCGAUGGCGGCGGCUGGCGGGGGGCGGACGCGGCCUCCGGCGGCCUGCGUCUACGUGGCCCGCUUCGGCGCGCACCGGUGUGGCGGUGUGCUGCAGCUGGGCGGCCGCCGGAGCCCGGGGCUCGGGGCCACAUGCAGCCGGGCGGGCGCGCCGGACGGUGGAGGGCGGCCCCCCGGCCCCGGGCCCAGGCCCCCCGCGGCCCCCUCGGACGAGCCGGCGUCGAGCGCGCAGAGCAGCCCCGCGCCGGCGGCACGUGCAGGUUUAACUCAGAAGAAUUUAGCUAAAAAGUUUGAUUUUCCGAUACCUUUGAAUGAAGCUUCCAAAAUACUGAAGAAAAAGAAAAAGGUUUUAGCAUGGAAUAGAGUAUACAAAGUCAUUUCUAGAAUGCUUGAAGAAAAUGAAAAAUAUAGACUCAGGCUGAAACGCCAGCAAUUAUCUAGUGAAAACUCAGAUCACACAGGAUGAAUCUUCUUAUCUUCUGGAUCAACCCAUCUUUGGAUCUGUUUACCAAAGAAGAUUAUGAAGAGUUUAAAGAUGGAACUUUAAAUUGAAUCAUAAUUAUUUGUUCAUUUUGGUGUGUUUUGUUGGAAUUGGAACUUUAAUAGUUGAAUAGAAAAACUACUUUCUUUAUAAAUUAAUAGUAUUUCUUUGCAAGUUAAUAAAAAUUUUAGUUAAAUAUUAUCAUAUGCAUACAAGCAUUAUUUUAAGAAUUAAUACAUAUUCCAUAUUCUUUUAAAUUACCCUUAUACAUAAAAUUUAAAUUAGCAUAUCAAUACAAUUGCAUGCAUUUAAAUUGCCAACUUUUUCCUUUUAUUAAUGAGUCUGCAACUGCUGCUUUAUUCAUCUCUUCAUUUAAUGUGACUUUUAAAUUAAACUUGGAUUUAUUUAAAUUA